AGGGUGUCCGGGCCGAACCGAACCGAUCGCGGCGGCCCCGGAGGUCGCGCGGGCGCGGGUUCCAGGGCAGGAAGUGGGAGGCGCACCCUCGCGGAGCCCGGAGCGGGGCGGGAGCCGAGGACCUGGCUUCCGGGGCGGCCCGAGCUGUGACCCAGCUCUAGUGGAAAAUGGGUGAUCUGGAGACGGACUUUAAUUUGAAGGUCGUCCUGGUCAAUUUCAAGCAGUGCCUCAACGAGAAAGAGGAGAUCCUGAUGGACCACUACCUCACCUGCUGGAGGGGCCUGGUCAGCCUUGGCGAGGCUGCUCCUGCCCCCUGGCGGUGUGUGACCCAGAGGCCCGGGCAGUGGCUCCCACAGAUGCGGCCCCUGCUUCCCUCGUGCAGGUUUCUGAACAGCCUGGGCACCAUCUUCUCGUUCAUCUCCAAGGACGUGGUGACAAAGCUGCAGAUCAUGGAGCGGCUCCGCGGCGGCCCGCAGGGAGGGCACUACGCCAGCCUGCAGUCCAUGGUGGCCUACGAGACGAGCCACCAGCUGGUGGACCUGCAGGGGCGCUCCUGCCACCCCGACUCUGGCUGCCGCACCGUCCUGCGGCUGCACCGCGCCCUGCGCUGGCUGCAGCUCUUCCUAGAGGGGCUGCGCACCAGCCCUGAGGACGCCCGGACGUCUGCGCUGUGCACUGACUCCUACAACGCCUCGCUGGCCGCCUACCACCCCUGGAUUGUCCGCCGUGCCGCCACCAUGGCCUUCUGCGCCCUGCCCACACGCAAGGUCUUCCUGGAGACCAUGAACGUGGGGUCCCCGGAGCAGGCUGUGGAGAUGCUGGGAGAGGCCCUGCCCUUCAUCGAGCACGUCUAUGACAUCUCCCAGAAGCUCUACGCCGAGCACGCCCUGCUGGACCUCCCCUAGGGGCCAGCGGGGACAGCCCAGGGCUGGUCAGCCCCACAGCAGAACCUUCGGGGGGCCCCUGAGAAUGGGAGUGACACUGGCGCCCCUGGAAGCCUCUCAGAGCUGGUCACUCCCCGGCGCACGCCAGGGACAGGCCACCCAGGGAGGCCUCUGCAGCCGACGCAGGAGGACAGACGCUGGCCGCCUGCCCCACACCUGGCCUCAGUCAGGGGCAAGAUCGGUCUCGUUUCCCAAGAGCACCUUAGCUGCAUCCUUUCACCCAGCAAAUCAUCACAGCCACUCAGUCAGGGUUCCCCGAGGGGCCGAAAGUGGAAAAGGAAGGUGGGUGGGGGGCAUGUGACCAUCCGUCACAAAAGUCAAAAGUAUGUCUGCCUGGGAGGCGUGUCUGCAGUGGCAGAUGUUGCCCACCCCAGCAGGGGCUGUGUGUGCCGAGCAGGCCUGGGUGAGGCCGAGAGCUGAGCCCCCAAGCGAAGGCCCCCGAGGCUCGGGUUCCCUGCCCUGCUGACACCCCGCCCUGUCUCCUCCCGCUGCAGUGUGCCGUUCUCCCAGGCAGGCAGGGCCCCCUUGCCCCCUCUGCUGGACGCGGCUCAGACCCCGGCCAGGCAUAGCUCAGGGAGGCAGUGGACACCACUGCCAGGCAGACGGCGGCCACCCCCAGCGCUUGGGCCCGGCCUUUCCAGGCCUUCCGUGCUGUGCCCGAUCCCUAGGGAGUUGUACGCGAUGGCUUUUCCAAGAUAAUAAAUCACACUUACUCAGCCA